AUGGAGGAUAACCACAAAACUGUGUUCGUUGCCGGCUUAUUGUUAUCGUUUCUUGCUGUAGUUUCCGGACAAUCUUUUGCAGUUGAAAAAAUUGCUGUUGGUGCAAUCUUCGACCAGAAUACAGAAGAAAUACAAAACGUCUUCAAAUACGCAAUGACUGUUCAUAAUCAGAAUAUCAGCAGCCGUCGCUUGGAGCUUCAAGCGUAUGUCGAUGUUAUCAACACCGCUGACGCAUUCAAGUUAUCACGCCUGAUUUGCAACCAAUUUGCGCGAGGUGUGUUUGCGAUGCUGGGUGCAGUCACUCCGGAAUCGUUUGAUACCCUGCACUCCUACACCAACACAUUUCAAAUGCCGUUCGUUACUCCGUGGUUUCCUGAAAAGGUAAUUCCGCCAUCGUCGGGAUUAAUUGACCACGCGGUUAGCAUGCGGCCGGACUACCACAGGGCAAUCGUCGAUACAAUAGUACACUACGGAUGGAAAGAAAUCAUUUACAUCUAUGACUCCCAUGAUGGCUUACUGCGCUUACAACAACUGUAUCAGACAAUGCAGCCUGGCAAAACAGCAUUCAAAAUAUCCUUAGUAAAACGCAUAUACAAUGCAUCCGACGCAAUGGAUUUCCUUUUAGCAUUGGAACAAUACGACCGGUGGAGUAACAAGCGUAUAGUACUGGACUGCAACGCGAAAAAUGCAAAAAGUAUUCUUGUGGAACACGUACGAAAAGUACAAUUAGGGCGUCGGACUUACCAUUACAUGCUAAGCGGACUGGUUAUGGACGAUCAUUGGGAGGACGAGGUAACGGAGUACGGGGCACUCAAUAUUACCGGAUUCCGUAUAGUCGAUCUUUCUAGAAAAAAUGUAAAGGAUUUUAUGGAAGGUUUAAAACGAAUGGAUCCCCGUUUUAAGGGUACCGUGUCGGCUCAAACUGCGCUUAUGUAUGAUGGAGUGCAGGUUCUCAUGGAUGCCUUAGGACGCCUUUGGAAAAAAAAACCAGAUGCAUUUAGAAGUGCCCUCCGCCGCGCUGCCGCCCAAGCCAAUUCAACCAAAGUUAUAGAUUGCAAUCCAGGAAAAAGCUGGGUUGUACCAUUUGAGCAUGGAGAUAAAAUAUCAAGACUUAUAAAGAAGACGGAUAUCGAGGGUCUAACCGGAAAUAUAUCGUUUAAUGAAGAAGGGCACCGUUGUAAUUUUACGCUGCAUGUGAUGGAAAUGACUGUGCAAAGUGCUAUGGUGAAGGUCGCAACAUGGACAGACAAACAAGGUUUAACUCUAGUUCCGUCAAAAAAUAUUCAACAACCUGCUGCUCCUGUUUUCUUCGACGCAAAUAAAACUUACACCAUUACAACUAUUUUACAAGAUCCCUUUAUGAUGAUAAAGCCGAUCGAAUAUGGACAACGAGAAGAUCAAUUUCAUGGAUUUUGCAAGGACUUGGUUGAUCUGAUUGCCGCUAAACUUGGAAUCAAAUAUGAGAUACGUGUUGUUCGAGAUGGAAAGUUUGGUAAAGAAGUCUCACAUCGUAUUUGGUCCGGACUUGUGGGAGAAAUUUUAAGAAAGGACUCUGAUAUAGCUGUGGCGCCGCUAGCAAUUACCCCAGAAAGAGAGAAAGUAAUUGAUUUCAGUGAGCCCUUCCUUACGAUUGAAACUCCGAUUAAACAAGCCAAAAAUACUAAGCAUCUCUCUGGUACCUUUAGUUUUCUCCGGCCACUAUCUAAGGAAAUUUGGCUAUGUGUUAUAUUCAGUUUUUUUGCCGUCAGUAUAGUACUAUUCUUAGUGUCGAGAUUCUCACCCUACGAAUGGCGAUCUGUGUCUAUAACAGAUACACAUUUGGAACACCCAAUUAGCAAUACCAAUGAGAUUAUCUUGCACAACAAAUUCAGCAUUUGGAAUUCAUUUUGGUUCUCCCUUGGAUCAUUUAUGCAGCAAGGCAGUGAUGUUGUACCAAAGUCUCUAUCGGGCCGUAUAGUUGGCAUCGUAUGGUGGUUCUUCGCAUUAAUUCUCGUGUGUUCAUACACUGCGAACCUCGCUGCAUACUUGAUUGUUGAACGCAUCUCACAACCUAUUAGAUACGAGUCUAUAAACGAAGUAAGGCACAUUAGCAGUGCAUUGCAACUCAGAAUUGCGUUUACCCCAAACACAAACCCCGAUCUAGUCAGUGACUUCGAUAUGAGUUUUUCUCACUAUCGAGAUAUCCGUUCAUGCAGAUACAAGCAAGUCAACUUUGGUAUUGCCAUGGCUAAGGGGUCUCCUCUAAGGGAGGGAAUAAAUCUAGUGAUUGUCAAUAUGAAGAAAGAUGGUGUUAUAUCUAAGUUAUGGAAGAAGUGGUUGUUGACUACGAACAAACCUGACUGCGACCUCGUGAAAGAUGAGGAAACUACUAUUACGGAGAUGACUUUAAGCCAAAUUUCAGGAGUUUUUUACGUACUUGUAUGUGGCCUUGCGGUGGCUCUUGGCGUAGCUUUACUGGAGUUUUGUCAACACGGUCGUGCUGAAGCUGCUAAGGCAAACGUUCCGCUCCGUGCCGCUUUAAGAGCUAAAGCUAAAAUGGCCACCCACGAACGAAAGACACGUGACCAGGAGAGGCUUGGAUGGAACGGAUCUGCAUUUUCUGGGUACUUCGCUGCUGGGACUCAAAUCUCACAAGACGACACGGCGCACGCAAAUUUCACGCAUGUCUGA